AUGUUUUCAAGAGUUUUCGUACGUUCUAUGGCUGCUAGUGCUAAAGCUGGUGCCAAACCUCCUGUCCAAUUGUUUGGCUUAGAUGGUACCUAUGCAACUGCUUUGUUCACUGCUGCUUCAAGAGAAACUUCCAUCGAUUCAGCUAACAAGUCAUUGACCAAAUUGAGAGAAACUUUACAAGUAGAUCCAAAGUUGAACGAAAUCUUGGGUAACCCAGCUUUAUCUUCAGGAGAGAGAAAAGUCGUCGUCAAUGAAUUGAUCAAAUCAGAAUCGGGUUUGGAUGCUACUGUUUCCAAUUUCUUGAAAGUUCUAGCUGAAAAUAACAGAUUGGAUUUGUUACCAAAGGUCACUUCCCAAUUCUCAGUACUAGCAGAUGCUUACAACGGCUUGAUCCAAGCCACCGUCACUUCUUCCCAACCUUUAGACAACAAAUCAUUCAAGCGUGUCGAAAAGGCUUUGACUCAAUCUGAAUUGGUUGGCCAAGGUAAGACUUUGAAAUUGAAAAAUAUCAUCAAACCUGAUAUUCAAGGUGGUUUGAUCGUAGAAAUCGGUGACAAGACUGUCGAUCUAAGUAUUGCUUCCAAGAUUCAAAAAUUGAACAAAGUCUUACAAGAAGAUGCUUAA